UCGCUAUGCAGCAAACCAAAAAAUACUUUUUGAACCACAACGACGGGAACACAUCCGCAUAAUCGAAAAACGACCGAACAUUGACAGACAAACCAAAGCAGCGGCAAACUUGAAUACGGAAAUAAAUAUAUAUUCGCUUCUUCAUUAGCAAAUUUCCUUUGAAAUCCACACACCAACAAGCAACCGAAUAAUUCAAAUUUGCCGCAACAUUUGCAAGAUGCGCUUUUGUUUUGUUGACACGAUGGAUCCAAAUCUUAGGUUAUGUCACAGAUUACAGAGAUCACAACCUCUGUGAUCUGUGGUGGUGUAGUGUGUAGCAUAGAUAUAAGCCAUGAUACAAGGAAUAUAUAUUCCAUGUAUCAUGGUAUAAGCCGUGUUCUUUGGUGUAGUCCAGGUGUAGUCCAGGUGUUGUAAGUGUUGCAGAGACAAGUCUGUGUGUGUGUGUCUUUGAAUGCUGUUUAAAACGUCCAAUCAAUGGAUUCUAAUGAGAGCGACGGAUCUGGUUGUUUUCUGGAAGACAGCGAUGCAGCCACAAGUAAACGUGAGAAUGAUACUGUGAUAGACGAAUCGUACGAGUCAAGUCAACAAGAUUCGAAUUCAUCAUCCAACGAACUCGAGAAAACUGAAGACAAUUUUAGAUUCGGAAAAAGGAAUGUUAAAAAGGUUCCCAUUAUUUAUACUGAUAGCGAGUCAGAUUCAAACAGUCAAUCUUCAGCUAAGAUCGUCAAUCUCUCCUCUUCAUUAGAGGAAUCUGAGAUUAUGUCAAGUGAUUCCGAAGAACACAUUGAGGAAGAAGAGGAAUCUGAUAAUGAGGAACAUAAUAUAAUCGCAGACUUGAAAAAUCCGGCAGUAGAACCACCAGCGACAGUACUUGACCCUGACAAUUCCAUAAAGAACAGAAAGGCUGUAAGAACUUCUCAACAAUUCAACUUCAAUCCGGACGAAUUAUUCAACAGUACUACAGUUUACCAGAACUCACCGAAACGACCCACAAACUGGAGAUUAAGUAAUGUCCACGACAUACGUGAAACCUCCAAUGAAUCGAGUGAUGAGUGCCAAAUAAUCAAUAAUAGCAGUGAUGUUAUUGAGAUUAGCACUCAGAUAACUGAGACUCCGUUUCGCAAACGGCUGUUUCAAACCAGCCUCCGAAAUACGCGCCAACAGACUUUAGAGUCUUUUGUUAUGAUAGAACCGGUCGUGAAGCAACUUGUGUCUAAAUCCGUGUAUAGCUCCCAACAGGCCCAAGUAAAUAGCGCGAAAUUCCAGCUUGAAAAGUUCAGUAAAAUGCUUAAUAAUCUGGACAUUGAUUAUUUACCCGAUAAAGGCGAGUCAAUUAAAAGCAGAGUGAGGGCGGCUGAGGAGAAAUAUAACAUGGAAGUGGCCAAACUGCAGAAAAUGACUGCAUCUGACGACAUUCAAGAUGUUCAAGGCCCCGGAGUUUUAGCCGCGGUUCCUUGGUCGCAAAUAGAGGCUGGAGCUAAUGCGGUGGUUCCCAAAACAUUCGGCAAACAAGCUAUGUCAACAUAUAAUGCUCAAAAAGCGGUUACAAUGGAUAGACUGCAGCAACUGCAUGAAGCUUUACAAACGUGUCCAAAAGAGGACCACCUGGAGGAGGACCCGAAAGGGCUAAAAGUGCCAUUAAUGCAACAUCAGCGAAGGGCAUUGGCCUGGCUUGUGUUUAGAGAAAAGGAAAUUCCCUCUGGAGGAAUUCUAGCUGAUGAUAUGGGUCUAGGAAAGACACUAACUAUGAUAUCCUUAAUUGUGAAAAGCUUGACUCAGGAGCAAGGAGAGAAGGAAGACAAAAAUAAACGUGGAUUCUUAGGAAAACAUUCCAAGUAUAAUGGAGGUAGCUUAAUAGUUUGCCCAGCCAGUUUAAUCAAUCAGUGGUCGGGUGAAAUAGACAAACGACUCAAGCGAGGCCUGAUUUCCUACAGUUUGUAUCACGGGCCUAAAAGAGAAUCAAAAGCCAACAAGUUAUCCCAAUACGACGUGGUGAUUACUACGUAUUCUAUUGUAAAUAAUGAAAACUACAAACAGGGCGCUCUAUUUCAAAUUAAAUGGCGUCGAAUAGUGUUGGAUGAAGCUCACCAAAUCAGGAAUCAUAAAGCUCAAACAUCGGAAGCAUGUUGUAAUCUUUCCGGAAAAUCCAGAUGGGCGUUGACUGGAACCCCUAUGCAUAAUAAGGAACUGGACAUGUAUGCUCUGUUGAAAUUUUUAAGAUGUUCACCAUUUGAUGAUCUGCAGUUAUGGAAACGAUGGGUGGGCGAUAAAGUGAGUGGGGGUCCCGAACGACUUCAUACCAUUAUUUCGUCGCUGAUGUUGCGAAGAACUAAAGAAGAAUUGAUGGGAAAAGGCAUGCUAAACUGUAUGCCAGAGAAAAAGUGGGUACUAGUCAAGGUGGAGCUGGAUAAGGACGAGCUGAAGUUGUACCACAAAAUACUCAUUUUUUCCCGAACCCUUUUCGCCCAAUUUCUGCAUCAGAGAGCGGAAAAGAAUCAGGAUUACGCCGACCGACACUUUUCCGAUGAGAAUUCCGAUCCACCUAAUGAGGAAUACAUUAAAAUGCGAGAAAAGCUAUUACGACUCAACAAAUUUAAAAAUGUUAGUCAACAUGAAAUUUUGGUGUUACUUCUUCGAUUGAGGCAAAUAUGUUGCCAUCCUUCCUUAAUCAACUCGAUGCUUGAAGAAGGGCUUGGAGAUGAGGACGAAUCAUCCGAAGAGCUGAAUAUUUUAGAACAACUGGAAAAACUAGACAUUGCGGAAAAGCACGAGGAUGUGUACCCCAGGAUGGAAGAGCCAGGUGGCCAUCCCAUUGCAGAAAUGGCCAGUAGCGAAGUCAAAGUAAACUUGAAGGAGGCUGCCAAAGGCCAUUUACGGUCAUCGGAUGCAAUAUUCGCCGAAGAACGAGCCAGUAGCAAAAUAAAGUACAUGUUAAAAUUGCUUCAAGAAGAAGUGAUUAGAAAGGGCGACAAAGCCAUAAUAGUUUCGCAAUGGUCGUCGUUCUUGAACCUCAUCCGUAUUCAUUUGAAAAAGCAAAACAUCGAAUUUGAUCAACUCGAUGGAAAAGUACCGGUUGUUAAACGAAUGGAUAUGGUAAACAAGCUUAACGACUCCACGAAUCCAAUGAAAGUUUUACUGUUAUCACUAACUGCGGGAGGCGUCGGUUUGAAUUUAAUCGGCGCCAAUCACCUCUUUCUAUUGGACUUGCAUUGGAACCCUCAGCUAGAAAACCAAGCCCAAGAUCGAAUUUACAGAGUCGGGCAAAAUAAGCCUGUAUUUGUGUACAAAUUGAUGGCAGUCGAUACUAUAGAGGAACGAAUCAAAUUGUUGCAGGACAAAAAAUUGUCUAUGGCAGAAGGCAUGUUAACCGGAACAAGAGAAGUGAUACAAAAUAAAAUGAGCAUAGAUGAUCUUGCAAUGAUUUUCGGCGUUGUUUAGUACACACACAAGACGUUUUGUUAAGUCUAGUUUAUGAAUACUUUAAUGAUUUACUGUUUAAUGUUUAUGAUUGCUUUUGUACAGUGGGUUAAAUUGGAUCAAUUCCGUAUAGCUAAACCAAUUUUUUGAACCAAAUUUUGUUUUAAAGGGAUUUGACAGUUUGAACGUAAAAUACACAUGUGACUGACGUACCGAAUUUAAUCAAUUUAAAAACCUCACCAUGUAAAGAAUAAUGUAUACUUGUUAGCAAUAAGAUAAGUCCAUCAAUUAAAUUGUGACAAAAAAAGUGUCUUGGCAAUGUUGGGUUUCCUCUAUACAACACAACACAAACAAAAAAUUCACAGCAA